AUGAUUAAUAAACAAUUAAUAUUUAUAUUUUAUUGUUUAUUAUCAUUUUUUAAAACAUCAAUUCAUUAUAUUCAUCUUGUUUAUUAUGUUCAAACAUAUAUAUCAAUAUAUAAAAUAAAUUCAUAUUCAUUUUGGAUAGCUGAAAGUUUAUUUCUUAUAUGGAAUAGUUUAAAUGAUCCUUUAUUUGGUUGGUUAUCAGAUCGAUAUACAUCAUCUGUUAAUCAUCGUUUAAAUUAUUUAACAUUAUGUGGUCCAUUAUUUUGUUUAUCAUCACUUUGUUUUUGGUAUCCAUUAAUUGAAAUAAAUUCAUCAUUACUUGGUUUACAACUUCUUUUUAGUUUAUGUCUUUAUGAUACAUUUUUAACAAUGAUUGAUUUAAAUUAUAAUUCAUUAUUAGUUGAUAUUUCUCUUCAUAAACGAGAAACAUUAAGUUCAGCAAGUGCAAUUGGAAAUGCUCUUGGUUCACUACCAUUAUUAAUUUCAUAUCGAUUUUGGAAUUCAUCAGAUCUUCAACUAUUUCGAAUAUUUGUAACAAUUUUAACGAUUAUAAUUACGUGUGGAUUUAUUUUUGUUACUCAAUCAAUGAAACAAAUUUUAUAUUAUUAUAAUGUUAAAUCUGUUGAAAGAAAUAUUUCUCAAGAACCUAUUCCAAAUCUUUGGCAAUUUAUAUAUAGUAUUCAUAAACAUAAGAAUUGUAUUAUCUUCAGUUUAGUAAAUUUUAUUCAAGUAUUUCAUUGUCAUUUUAAUAGUAAUUCUAUUCCAUUAAUUCUCAAUAUAUUCAUUCCAUCAUCUUCCUUUGGCUCAAUUCUUCUUGGUACUUCAUUUCUUAUUCCACAUCUAAGCAAUAUAUAUUUUGUUUAUUUAUGCAAAUUACAAGGGACUUAUUAUGUUAUUCGUAAAUUAUUUUAUGUUAAAUUAUUGUUUACUUUAUAUUUAUUCAUUCAAGGAAAUGAUUCUAUUUGGUUGCUGUGUCUUUUUCUUGUUAGUAAUCGAAUGUUUACAGAAGGUAUAUGUAAAUUAUUUGAUUUAAUUAUAACAGAUUUAAUUGAUGAAGAUCAAUUUCUACAUAAGAGAAGUUCUCCAUUACCAGCAUUAAUCUUUGGUACAAUGGCAUUUUUAUCUAAACCUGGUCAAACAAUAGCACCAAUAAUAAGUUCACAUUUAUUUUAUUCAUUAAAUAAUCAACAAAAAACUCUAUUUAAUAAUAUUAUUAUGAUACCAAUUAUAUGUUCAUUAUGUCAAAUAAUUCUUUGGAGAAAAUUUACAUUACAUAGUUAUCAAUUAAAGUCUCUUCGCUCAAUAUUAAAACAUUCUAGUCAACAUAUGAUUAUUUAA